CCAACCCCUCAUAGGGCAGCGUCCUCCAGCAACAGGAGAGGCUACAGCAGACUCAGGAAGGAGGACGGGAUGCAGGGGGCAGGCCAGCGGGGGUGGCCACAGUUGGGGCAGCUGCUGCUGCUGCUCUGUGUCUCAGGGCUCCAAGCUGAAGGUGAAAGGGAGGAGCGGAAGUGCCUUCUGGAGGGCGGGAGCCUGACUGUGACCUGUCCUUACAACAUCAACAAGUACGCCACCAGCCUGAAGGCCUGGCAGCGGGUGAGGGACCAGGGCCGCCUGGAGAAUCUGGUGCUCACGGAGACCAGAAAUGGAGACCUCAACCGGGCCCAGGCUGGAAGGUUCCUGCUGGAGGAUUAUCCCACGGAGGCUGUCAUCAGAGUCACCAUGACCCGGCUCCGGAGGGAGGACGUGGGGCUGUACCAGUGCGUGAUCCACCUCUCAUCCCAGAACCCCAUUGUCCUGCACCAACGGAUUCGGCUGGUAGAGUGUGACGGCCAGAGGGUGGCUGUUCCAGUUAUUUUGACCUGCGGAUUCCUCUUGAACAAGGGCUUGGUGUUCUCAGUCCUGUUUGUCCUCCUCCGGAAGCCCUGGCCUCGGGAGGUGUUUGGUCAGGGGGCAGGGUCAGCCCCUGGGACAGCGCCAGGCCUGGAUGCUGGAAAUGGUGCGAAGAGGGCUGAGCGGGCCCCCCAGGAGGGGAGGAACUGAGCAGCCCCCUUUCCUCAAGCUGGGCUGGCUUGAAUGGUCGUUUCCAACUGCCGUCCAUCUCUCUUGCUCCUCAAGUAUUCUCAGCACAAGGGACCCCAGGGAAACCUCCCCUCUGGGAGCUGCCCGUUCGCCUUCCUAGUGACAGCACACUCCACACACAGUUCAAGGGAAAACACAAGGCUUUCCGAAGCCCCGCCGGGAGCUCUCUGCCCAUCGCCAGUCCCACCCAGAGGUGGGACACAAGGGUGGAGAGCUGUGUGGAGGAAGCAAUUAGCAGAGACAUCAGCAGGAACCACGGGACAGCAAAGGAGCUGGGCCUUGAGUAGAGCAGCUGGGACUCACAAAGAAUUUCCCUAAGGACCUUGUGUCCCUCCUGUGCUGCUGUCCAGAAACCCUGCUAGGGACUUCCUGGCCCUUGAGUACAGCCUAUGCCAAGACCCAUCACUCUGCUGGUAAUUUUUUUUUUUAAAUAAACUUAAUUUCAGAGCAGUUCUGGGUUCACAGCAAAAUUGAGGAGAAACUGCAGAGUUCCCCUAUGCUCCCACCCUGUCCCCCACAACUUUCCCCACUCUCAAGGACUCCUCAGAGGACUACGGUUGUUGCGGCUGAUGGACCUACAUGGACUGCCAAGGCCCACGGUCCUUAUGCGGGUUCUCUCUUGGCGCCGUGCAUUCAGUGGGUCUUGAGGAAUGUGUAAUGACAUGUAUCCACCAUUAUAUGGAAAAGCUUUCCUGCCCCCCAAAUUCUCCACCUAUUCAUCCUUCCCUUCUGGUCAUUUCUAAGUGGAAAAAAGUUUAUUUUGAAAGUAGCUUCAGUUCAGUAAUUAGCAGAGGGAAGGAGGGAUCCAUUUAAAAGUGAAGCCUCUUUCCCAAACCGCUGGAUCUGAGCCCUCAAGGGACAGAGGGGACAGACUGGCUUUCUUUCUCUGCCCUGCCAUCUCCAUGCCUCCAGGCUGGAGCAGUGGAGGGAAGAGGAAGGAGAGGGCAGGUCCUCCGAUGUCGGUGGGGUUCCUUCACAGGGGGCUGCUGUGCAAAUCCUUCACCUGCAGUUUCCUGCAGAUUCCUUCCGGCUGGUUGCUCCUGCUCCUCCUUUGGCCCCCAAGUCCUUUAUGAUCCACUGCUGCCUCCUCCUACUGACAUCUGCACCUCUGGGCAGCCUCUUCGAACAGGAUCAACAGUAACAACCUGAGCCCAUUGCCCCACAGAUGUGUAGUGCAACACCCCAUCCACAGGGAACACUCACCCGCUACGCUCACCCAACAAACUCGCGGCGCCCUGGUGGUUCCCAGUACAGCCACCAUCAGACUAGCCGAUCACCUGCAGCCUCUGCCUGUCAGUUUCCAAGCUUGAGUCACACACAGUGGCUGCCUUUUCCAAACUGCAGGGGACACUGGACAAGCUCUCCAAGCUCUGACUUUGAAGUC